AUGCUGUCCCGUAUGGUGAUAUCGUCGGCUCGAGCUGGUAAUCAACUGCUCACAGCUCAACGUUUUGCUGUCACUGCGGCGGUACCCACACCAGCGGUUGCCCAUAAAUUGAAGGUAACGAUCAUUCCUGGUGAUGGUGUUGGACCGGAACUUAUUUACACCGUGCAAGAUAUCGUGAAAAAUACGGGAAUCCCCUUGGAUUUCGAAGAAGUAUUUCUAUCUGAAGUGCACUAUACUAGAUCAUCAUCAAUAGAGAAUGCAGUCAUGUCCAUUGCUCGGAAUAACAAUGUUGCUCUCAAAGGAGCAAUCCAAGAAUCUGCUGUUCUUCAUACAGAAGGGGAGCUCAGUGGACUCAAUAUGCGACUUCGUAGGGCUCUUGAUCUGUUCGCUAAUGUGGUUCAUAUCAAGUCUCUGGAGGGUAUUAAAACUCGUCAUGGAAAGAAUCUUGACUUCGUCAUUGUUCGAGAGCAAACAGAAGGAGAGUACUCCAGUUUGGAGCAUGAGCUAGUUCCAGGUGUGAUAGAAUGUCUCAAGAUUUCUACGAGAGUAAAAUGUGAACGCAUAGCCAAAUUCGCCUUCGACUAUGCAACUAAGCACGGCAGAAAAAAGGUCACGGCUGUUCACAAGGCAAAUAUUAUGAAACUAGGUGACGGGCUAUUCCUGAAAAUAUGUGGCGAGAUUGCUACACAAUACCCCAAGAUUGAGUUCGACCAGAUGAUCAUUGACAACACUUGCAUGCAGCUCGUGGCAAAACCAGAACAAUUCGAUGUGAUGGUCAUGCCAAAUCUUUAUGGAAAUAUCAUAGAUAACCUCGCCGCAGGCCUUGUUGGUGGUGCUGGUGUGGUUACCGGUCAAUCCGUCGGAAGCGACUACGUCAUUUUUGAGCCAGGAAGUCGGCACUCUUUUCAAGAAGCUCUCGGGAGGUCAAUUGCCAAUCCGACGGCAAUGAUCUUGUGUGCGGCGAAUAUGUUAAAUCAUCUUCAUCUCACCGAUUACGCCAAAGCUUUACGGACGUCAGUGGAGAAGGUCAUCCGCGAUGGGAAAGUCCGCACGAGGGAUAUGGGAGGCUAUGCCUCCACUACCGACUUCGCUGAUGCUGUCAUUUCGAAUUUUGAAAUGUAA